AUGAAGAAGGGAAUAGCUAAAAUAUUUUGUGUUAUAGGAAUUUCUAUAUUUUUACACACUGUUUAUUCUGCACUUCAACAUAGAAAAUAUUUAAGAUUAACAGAUCAACCAUUCGAGGGUGUUCCUUUUGAUAUUGUGGUCGAGUGUAUUAUAUCUUUAUUUUUAUUUGCGUGGGGUAUUAUAAAUUCACAAUUUUUAAUACCAAUUAAAGCAUCAACUCAUUUAGCAAAAAAGAGUUUCGAUUCAUAUGACUAUAGACCAAAUUUUACAGUUUUUAAUCAUAGAGGAAAAUAUUUAAAUGAAAUUUUAAAUAAAUAG